AUGGCAAAGACCCUCAUCAACUCCAUCAGCUUCACCGUUCUCUUGGUUGUUCUCGUGAUGGCUUCAACCGGAAUCCACAAGAGCGAUGCGGGUACACUGAACUGCUUCAACAAGGGUGCUCCUCAAUGCCCUCUCGCUGCUAACCGUGCGUUCCUUGGUGAGUGCGGGCCUGCGCCGUUCACAGAAGGUCAUUGUGAAUGUUGUAAAUGUUGCCUAGAGAUAUACGGAAGUCCUGAAGUCUGUUGGGCGGUUGUUGAGGGAAGCGACAAUCACUGCCAUUGCUACAAAAAGGUAUAA